AUGGACACUCUGGAGAUUGAACAUCUCAUUUCCGAAUUGACGGACCUUGACCUUGCUGUUUUACUCUCCCUCGUUGCCCAGGAGCACUGUCUUAUCGAGACAACGGAAGACUGUAUCGACGAUGUCUCCAAGGAGCUGGCAUUGAUCUGCCAGAACACGUUUGGUCUAUCAUAUGCUCUUCUUGACUGCUCCCAAGAGACUUCUCUUGACGACUUCAGUAACGGGAUCGUAGCUCCAGAUCCUGUGGCGACAGGGCGUCAUUACUCUCCGCAUCUGACACGGCAUGCUGCUGAAUCGAGAUACUCUUCAUUUAAGAACGCUCAUGGUAUCCAAGAGCAUUCCAUGUCUCCCGUCAAAGACAAUUAUCUAGACGAGAGGAAAGUCGUGAAUGUUGUAAUUGCGAAGAACUUUAACCGCACUCAUGACGAUAUUCAGAUCCAGGCCCUUGAGUUGCUACGGUCGAGGAGGAUAUUUACCAAAACAGCAGUUCACAGCACGCCGAAAGUCUUUCUUUUUAUACCUGUGAUUGCCUCCGAUGGAAGCGGCACCCAGAAUCUUCCUCUGAACAGACACUUAAACGACCAUCUUUUUCUCUCACACGUUCAUGAACCAGAGCAUGGGUAUCCUAACCUCGAAGAUGAUGAUGCCUGGGUAUCCGAUGAUCAAGCAUCUAUCUCCUCCGUCGUUCGGAAGCCCAGCGUAGACGUCCACAGACGAAGUUCCAGGCAAUAUAAAAUUGAUGAGGAGGUGGCAAAGGAGCCCUUCGAUGCACAUCUACAUAACUGCAUGGCUGACGGAUUUGGUAGAUCAUAUCAAAGCUGCGCUUGGCUAGGGACAACGUUUUUGUCUCCGCAGAAGUUGUUCGCUAUCUGCAGAAUAUCGUCGUUUUUCUAA